UUUGAUAUUUGUUAAUUAAAAUAUUCUGAUUACGAUGACUCCAUAAAGUCCCUAUGGGGAUUGAAUCAGAUAAUAUAAAACCCCAAUUUAAAAGAAUCUUAGAAUGUGAAAUACUCAGAGUAAUAAGUUUAAUCGGAAGUAUUGUGUUGUAGACGGAUAUUAAGGAGCAAAUGAUGUCGGAAUACGAUCUGCAGUUCCAAGCUGAUUUGGAGAAGGCACAAGCUCUGAGUUUAGAAAGUCUAGCUUUGGAACAGUUUCGUCGGCAGAAGCAACUAUCGAACGCAGUAGAUAAUGCCCAUGAGAUUGGAGCGACUAGUGCGCAACGACGUGACGAGAGCGAAGGACCGCCGCCAGCACUUCCGCCGCCGCCUAGGAAGACGUCCAGAGGACGCACGCCUUCGCAUGAUACCUCCAGAUCUACGGGAGCCAGCCCAACAAGAAGUGAAAGCAGUGAUCUGAUAUCGUUCUCCAGUCCUACUAGCAAAUCAGCGCCCAAAGAUGCACACGCCUUACUAAAGGAAUACAUUGAUCAGAUUAACAAUUUAGAACUACAUACAGAAGAACUCUCAUUGAAGUCUUCAGAUCAGUCGUCUGGCACAAUGAAUAACCAAAACUACAAUCAAGGACCGGGGUAUCGAUACCCUCCUCCCUAUACGUACAACUACCAAUAUCCAUACAAUGCGAUGCCUCCCUAUCCCACCGUGCCGUAUGGAAUGCCAACACCUGGGCCAACGCCUGGGCCAACACCAGUGGCAACGCCAGUACCAACUCCAAUCCCAACACCAAUGCCCAAUUACCAAUAUUAUCCACCAACAAUGGUAGUCCAACGCGAACCUCCACCUGCAUAUGCUCCCCCGAAUACCCCGGCGUAUUCGCCGUCAUAUUCAUACGUGCAAACACGGAUGUCUUCGCCGUCUUCGACCCCAUACGUCGGCUAUCCACCACCAGCUGCCAACACAACAUAUAACUAUAACACGACGAAUCUGGUAACGAGACCUGCGAAACCGAAACCGAAUUUGUACCCAUCAUUGGCCCAGAACCACUCGUACCCGCCGCUUCAGUCCACAGCACAGAAACCGACUACCACAAAUAAUAAUAAAAAUAAACAAGUGACGAGUGAACCUUCUAGAGACAAUGUGGAGAGCAACAAUUCUAAAUCUGCCGAAGUAAGUAGUGGUUCAAAUUUAAUAUAUUUUCUACAGGCAAACGAAUCAAGCGAUACAGUCGGAAGUCUGCCUAAUUCUCCCAACCUGAUAGACUUCGGCGGUAGAAACAGUGGCCCAGGUAGCGUAAGAGUCAGUGUGCUUGAGGCGUUUGAUCCUCUACUAACUGAGCAAAACAAUGUUGAAUAUGAAGUAGUGAAUGAUGGCACUAAUAGUGUGUAUGACCCCCUCGAUUUACUUUACGGUGAAACAGAGAUGCGAGAUACACCUAUAUACGCCACUAUUAAUAAAAAAGAGAAGGUCAAACUGCCGUCGCCACCGCCUAAAUCAAUACCUUCAAUGCCUGCAGUUCCUAAACGGCCUACUACGAAUAAAUUGUAUGACUGCAUUGUAAAGACUACAGAUAUAAAUUACAGUAGUGAACACAAAGCAUUUUUAAAAAUGGUGCUAGAUGUUAGAAAAAAAUUCGUCCAUGAUGACGUAACCAAUCCUGGCCAUGUAAUAGCAGCGAGAUCCGGUGGAAAAUACCCAGAAAAUACUAGCAUAAAGAUAAUAGUCCAUAACGAGCACACUGAUGAACCAAUCACUUUUACAUCUGAUGUGGAGUCUACGGUGGAACAUGUGAUACUAACAGUGUUAUUAACAUGUUCUAUUGAUGAGGAUAUGCAGGAAGAUAUGUCUGCCUACAUGUUGCGGGUGUGGGGAGCAAAGGAGUACCUGACGUCGGGUAGCACGCUGAGCUCGUACGCGUACGUGCGCGAGUGUGUCCGGCUCGAGAAGGACGUGCGGCUCGUGCUGCACGCGCGCGCUGCGGGAGAACUGGCGCGCUCACCGCGGGACGACGCGCGUGCGCUACACCUGCCGGCUGAGAGUCUUCUGCCCGCAGCUUCGUCCGCGCCGCUUACCUUCAAUAACCUCUCCAUCCUUCUCGAGACAUUAGAAGGCGAGUUAUCCAAAGCGAUUGGCGUGAUUGGCGGUGAGGGUAGCUGCUCGCCGAAGGCGGUAUUCCAGGCCGUAAAGGCAAUAUGUGCGCUCGCCGGUGGUGUUGAGACAUUACACAUCACUCACACACUCAACUCAUUCGCUCAGGCGUGCGUGGGAAAGGCCAGUAGCGACGUGGUGCUGCCAGAGAUCCAGUCGGAGGCGGGCGCGUACUGCGCGGUGUCACUGCGUGCAGGAUCAGCGCGAGAGACGGCGGUGCGGCACUGCGCGCGCGUUCGGGACGCCCUCGGCGCGGCACUGCGCGCGCUGCUGGCGCUGUACGCGCGCGGCCGCCUGCUCGACUUCGCGCUCGCCGACGCGCACGUGCACGCCGCCUGCCCGCACAAAGCGGCGCCAUCGCAUAAGGUGGCAGAGUCGACGCUGUUCUGCAUCGAGGCGUUGCAUGGGUUGCUGGCGUGCUGGUCGCACGACGAGUACCAGGUGCACGCGCAGCUGUACUACGGCACGCGCGCACUGCACGCGCCCUACCUCACGCAGCCCUCCAGACUCGACUGUGCUGGCUUCUACCCGCGCAUCAUAUUCGACACAUGGUUGAGUUUAGAAAAUGUACCAAUAAACACCCUGCCGCGCGAGACCCGUUUGGUGUUAAUACUGUACGGACGAACCCAGCGGGCGGUCGAUAAUCAAAACCAGAGCAGCGAGAACAACCAGCAAACUGCUCAGGAGGGUGAGGAGAACGGAGAUGUGCAGUACGAACAGGUGGAGCUCGGAUGGGCAGCCAUUCAGAUGUUCGAUUAUGACGGGAUGCUGGCCUCGGGCGCGUACGUGGUGCCGGUGUGGGCGGCGGGCUGCGACCGGCGCACCGGGCCCGCGCCGCCCGCCGCCCUCGCGCCCCCCGCCGCGCCCCUCCUCACCAUCGAAAUUCCGCUGUACGAUCAUAACGGCGUCAAGUGGACGAGCAGUGACGAAGGCGAAGAGAAAACGUUAUCUCCUGAAGACCUCCCCAAGUUCAACUCCUUGGACAAACUCACACAGGCGCAGUUACUGCACCUCAUAGAACAGGGUUCCUACAAUAUAAUGCCCACUGAAUGCCGAGAGAUGCUAUGGGAGAAGCGGGAGUACUUGGUGGAGCUGGCGGGCGCACUGCCGCUGGUGUUACUGGCCGCUACCAACUGGUACGGUGGACAUCGGGAACAGUUAGUCGCCUUACUACACAUCUGGCAGAAACCGUCGCCGACGAACGCCAUGCAUCUCUUACUACCUUGCUUCCCGGACGCGGCGGUGCGGGCGGUGGCCGCGGAACUGGUGGGCGGUCUGCCGGACGACGACCUGUGCCGCGUGCUGCCGCAGCUCGCGCAGGCGCUGCGGUACGACACCUACGACUGCAGCCCGCUCGCAGAGCUGUUAUUGUCGCGUGCUUUGGCCUCUCCAACUGUGGCGCAUCGACUGUUCUGGCUGUUGGUACAUUCACUACCUAAUUUACCGCAGAUAUCAAAGGAAGAAUUCCUCGGGAUUUCACUGGAGGAGAACGGCAGCGAACCGCCAGAGGUGGAAGAAUGUAUGGUGGCCACGUGGCGCUAUGAGCUAUUGUAUCGCGCUUUGCUGGCCGUCUGUGGGGACAACCUCGGCCGCACUCUGCAUCGACAGCAGGAGCUUGUCGCGAAUCUGAGCGAGGUGGCGAUGCUGGUGAAGAUGUCGAAGGAGGGGCAGCGGGGUGCAGCCCUGCGGGGCGGCGCGGCGCGGCUGGCGGGCCGGCUGCGGGCCGCGCCCGCCGCGCUCCCGCUCGCGCUCGCCGCGCACGUGCACGACGUCGACGUCAAAUCGUGUACAUAUUUCUCAUCGAAUACUCUACCUCUGAAAAUAAAUUUCAUCGGUAUAGACGACGCCGUCAUUCCAGCAAUGUUUAAGGUGGGCGAUGAUCUUCGACAAGACUCCUUGGUGCUCCAAGUGAUAAAGGUGAUGGACAGUUUGUGGCUCAAAGAAGGCUUAGAUCUCCGCAUGGUCACUUUCCAAGCACUACCCACUAGUAAUAAAAGAGGUAUGAUUGAAAUCGUGACGGAAGCCGAAACCCUCCGUGCCAUUCAGACUGAAUGGGGCCUGACUGGUUCCUUCAAAGACAAACCUAUCGCCGAAUGGCUGGCAAAGCACAACCCUUCAGAGCUAGAAUAUCAACGAGCUCGUGACAAUUUUACUGCAUCGUGUGCGGGAUACAGCGUCGCAACAUAUCUACUGGGAAUUUGUGACAGACACAACGACAAUAUAAUGUUGAAAACCUCCGGCCAUUUGUUCCACAUUGAUUUCGGAAAAUUCCUUGGUGACGCGCAGAUGUUUGGAAAUUUCAAAAGGGAUCGUGCACCAUUUGUCUUGACUCAUGACAUGGUGUACGUGAUAAACGGCGGCGAGCGACCUACGCAGCGCUUCCAGCAUUUCGUGGAGUUGUGCUGUAAAGCGUUCAACAUAGUGCGAGCGAACCACGACCAUAUAUUAGACUUGUUUGCGCUGAUGACGAUGUCGGGCGUGUCGGGCGUGACGAGCGCGGCAGUGAGCUACGUACGCAGCGCCCUCAUGCCUUCAGCCACCAAUGCGGAGGCGGCCGCCGCCUUCUCUAGGCUCAUCAACUCCUCUCUCAAGAGCAAAUUCACACCGAUAAACUUCUUCCUGCACAACAUAGCUCAGAUGAUGGCUAGCGGCGACCAAAGCAACACUUCCACAGAACUGCUGUCGUUCAUGCCACGGACUUACACAAUGGCCCAAGAAGGGCGUUUAGUGAGUGUCGAAUGUCUUGGCUACGAGAAGCGGUACGACCCUGAGAAGCACUAUGUUUACUCACUACGCAUCUGUCGGCAAGGUCAAGCCACACCCUCAGUGCUGUACCGUUCUUACAAACAUUUCACUGAGCUCUAUCAGAAGAUAUGCGUACUUUUCCCUUUGGCAAAGGUGCACAGUUUGCCAUCAGGAUUACACGUGGGCCGCACGAAUACGCAGAUCGUGGCCCAACGUCGGUUCAGCGACGUGCAAGCAUUCCUCACGUCGCUUUUCAGUCUCGCGGAUGAAAUCGCCCACUCCGACCUCGUGUACACCUUCUUUCAUCCUCUACUGAGGGACCAACAAGAUAUCGAGCCGCAACGGACCAAGAAGGGUGAGUCAGUCGAGACAGAAAUCAGCGGGUCGGGCGCGCUGAAGCUGUCGGUGCAGUAUGCGGGUGGCGUACUCUCGGUGCUUAUAUUGCACGCGCAGUCACUCGCCAUCACGCCGCAGGGUCUGCCGCCUAAUCCUUACGUCAAGGUAUAUUUAGUACCGGAUCCAACCAAAGAAACGAAACGCAAGACGCGCGUAUUAAAACGCAACUCGCAUCCAUCGUUCAUGGAGAUGCUGGAAUACCGGCUGCCGAUCGAAGUGGCGCAGACCAAGAGUUUGCAGGCCACCGUGUGGCACUACGACUCGCUCCAAGAGAACCAGUUCCUCGGAGGAGUGGUAAUACCACUCAGCGCGUUAUCACUAAGGGAUGAGACGGUAGCGUGGUAUCCAUUAGAGUAUAUACCCCGGUAGCUAAUAUUAACCCGCUCCGCGAUGUGGAGCACGGACCUUACCAACCUUUAGUUUUGUACUGACAAACGUGGAGUUAUAUACCAGAGAAUACUAACUAUAAUAUAUACAGACGGAAAACUUGAGCACUAGCGCAAUCUGGAAAGUGGUAUUAGUCAAACAAAAUAAUGAGCAUAACCAAAUAUAUCGUGAACAUCACUAGUCCAAGAACUUAAUCUGUGAUAUCAAUAGAAUUGAUCAUAGUUAUGUGGUUUCUUUUAUAAAACCACCUUUUCCAGAAUGUCUGAAAUCUAGCUGAAAUGCUGAAGUUUUUAUUCUGUAAUAUAUAAUCUGUGGUUAAAGUUUGCGGCAAAAAAAAAACUUGAAAAAGACAAUAGACAAUUUACGCAGUAGUUUGAAGUUAAAAUGGUAUUAAAUUUAUUUGUCGGUGUCUAUGACUAAUGACUAAAAUUAUGUAUGUAUAAACGGCACUAAA